CAGAAAGACCAUUUUGGCUCAAAUCCAGAUGUCUCACCUGCUGGUAGCCAACGACAAUGCCGUCGUCGAUCGCUACUAUUGUCACGGAAAACCAGCAAAAGUAAUCCUCAAUCGUAUAUAUUUUUUCAUCGCUGCGUACGGUCGGAUUGAUAAAGCGUGAUGUGCGCAUGUGCGGUAAACCGUCGUGCGGGUUUUGUUGCUUUGUAAAGGGGACUCGUAAUCAUUCAUAACGGCAGCUAUGAGCCGAGGUUAACAAGUAUGCACGUCAUGUUCACCGAGGAACGAGCGUUGUGUGACGUCAUAUAAAGUACAGUUCUCCCCCAAUGAAGUGUCAAGACGUUCACGCCCCUGUCACAAUGCAAAACAUCGUUGAAGACAAGGAGAAAACAAACAAGCUUUUGGAUGGCGGACGAAACGUCCACAGAGGAAGAAAGUCCAUUUCCUCGUAUUUAUGUGGAAAGAACUUUGGCAAUCAUUAAGCCAGAUGCGAUUCACAAAAGUGAAGAGAUUGAAGACAUCAUUCUGACGUCGGGCUUCACUAUUUUACAGAGGAGGAAACUUCAGUUAAGUCCAGAACAGUGCAGUGACUUCUACACGGAACAUCAUGGAAAACUAACCUUUCCCAAAUUGACAGCGUACAUGAGCUCUGGUCCAAUCAUUGCUUUGACUCUGGCUCGAGACAACGCAAUAGCUCACUGGAAAAACAUAAUUGGACCAGUCAAGGCAUCAGACACUCAUCCAGAAUGCCUUCGAGCAAAAUAUGCCACGUCUGAGUUGGAGAAUGCUCUCCAUGGCAGCGAGUCAUUUCAUGUGGCGGAGCGAGAGAUCAAAUUCAUGUUCCCUAACACUUUAACUGUUCCCACAAGAGAGGAAACAGAAGAAUACCUGAGUCGAUAUGUGAACCAAACUUUGCUGCAAGGACUCACUGAGCUCUGCAAGCACAAACCACUCAACCCCUGUGUUUGGCUUGCUGAAUGGCUCCUCAAAAACAAUCCGAACAAGCCUCAAAUCAGUGAUGGAGCUGUUGCAGAAGAAGGAGAAUGACAAGAGGGAGAAGAAUGAUGACGGCAACAGGAACUGAUGAUUGCAAUAAAAUAUGGAUGUUUAAUUA